GAGACACACCCCCAGACUCUGGUGCUGAUGAGCGACCUGGCCACCAUCUUGGAUCUGCAGGGUCGCCAUGACGACGCCCUGGCGCUGGUCCAGCAGGCCGUGGAUCUGAGCCGCUCCGCCGGACACCCGGACCAGCACGUGCUGCUGGGAAACAUGGCCGGCAUUCUGCUGCACAAAGGCCAGCUGGAGGACUCAGUGCGGCUCUACCAGGAGGCUCUGAGUCUGGCUCGGCAGGCCGGAGACCAGGAGGCUGUGGACCAGAUCCAGGAGGGACUGAAGGAGGUGAAGAAGAGGAGGAGCGAGGAGAGGAAGGAGGAGGAGAAGUGAUCGGUUCUCCUGUGAACUCAUCGGCCUACAACAAACUGUAUCUGACUCCUGGGUCCAGGUGACCCCCGACCCCCAUCAGGACAGAGACCCUGAUAUACCUAUUGAUUACCUUCACGCUGUGAUGUUUGUGUUUGUGUGAAACAGUCUGAAAUAAAACUCUUUGUCCUGUAGUGAA